UAAGCUUGCUUUGAAACGUCCUGCGAACAAACCUUUCCGAACAUUUCUGACGCUGAUUUGGGAAAACACUAAUUGUGGAAAUACAUAUGGGCUUACGUGAGGACUAGUCCCACGCAUAUUUUCCGGCGGUGAAAAGUGUGCGCUUUCCUUAUGGGGUUUCCCGAAGCUUCGUGGCGAAUGUGCGGUGUUUUGUGGUUAGGAAAACUUUUACCCACCGCGGUUGUAUAAUAGCUUUUUCGCUGUGAAUCUAAAUUGUUAUCAAUUUUCUUGUUUGUAUACGGCGCGUAAUCGGUCGCCGCUACGUCCGUGGAAGCUACUAGAACGCUUUUAAACUGAUGGAUUUUGGAUUGCAGCGUUGAAAGCUGGGAAUAUGACUUGAUUUCAUUAUUUGCAAAUCGAAAUUAAUGAAGUACAAUAUAUGGAAAAUUCAUGAAUGAGGAGGUGUAGAUGAACGGGAAGAGGCUGGAAGAGGGGAAGCAGUCCAUCGGUGACGGCCAAGGAGGCGAAAGCGUGGGGGUCAACCAUUCAACAGGUGGUGCGAGCCGUUCUGGUGCAACGAAGGAGAAACAUACUGUACACUGGUUUAGAAAGGGAUUGCGGCUACACGAUAACCCGUCGUUGCGUGAAGGACUCAAAGACGCCAAGACCUUCAGAUGCAUCUUUGUGUUGGAUCCGUGGUUUGCCGGAUCUUCCAAUGUUGGCAUCAAUAAGUGGAGAUUCCUCCUGCAAUGCUUGGAAGAUCUGGACCACAGUUUGCGGAAAAUGAACAGCCGCCUGUUUGUGAUUCGGGGCCAACCAGCAGAUACACUGCCCAAGCUUUUCAAGGAAUGGGGCACCACGUCAUUGACUUUUGAAGAGGACCCCGAACCCUACGGAAGAGUCCGAGAUCACAACAUCAUAGCUAUGUGUAAAGAGCUAGGAAUCUCGGUGGUUCAAAAAGUAUCUCACACCUUGUACAAUCUGCAAAGCAUAAUCGAUCGUAACGGUGGCCAAGCGCCUUUGACGUACCACCAGUUCCUCAACGUCGUCGCAAGAAUUGGUCCUCCACCUCAGCCAGAGCUGCCCGUCAACGCUGGAACACUAGAAGGUGCUUUCACACCCAUAAACGAAGAUCAUGAUGACAAGUACGGUGUGCCCACCCUUGAGGAGCUUGGUUUCGAUACGGAAGGACCCAAGAAAUCUGACUUCAUUUUGAGAAGUUUUGAAGGCGUUUUUGGCCUGAGUCCCCCUGUUUGGCAAGGUGGUGAGAGCGAAUCUUUGGCCCGCUUGGAGCGGCAUUUGGAGCGCAAGGCGUGGGUGGCUUCGUUCGGCCGCCCCAAAAUGACCCCCCAGUCAUUGCUGCCCUCGCAAACGGGACUGUCACCCUAUCUCAGGUUCGGAUGUUUAUCCACCAGACUCUUCUACUAUCAGCUGACAGAUCUGUACAAAAAAAUCAAGAAGGCUUUCCCGCCGCUAUCGUUGCACGGACAGCUGCUGUGGAGGGAAUUUUUCUACUGUGCCGCAACGAAGAAUCCAAAUUUCGACAAAAUGGUGGGGAACCCAAUUUGUGUGCAGAUACCGUGGGACCGGAAUCCAGAAGCGCUAGCCAAAUGGGCCAAUGGCCAAACUGGAUUUCCUUGGAUAGACGCCGUAAUGACACAAUUGAGACAAGAGGGCUGGAUCCAUCAUCUUGCCAGACAUGCGGUGGCCUGCUUUCUCACUAGGGGAGACUUGUUCAUCUCAUGGGAAGACGGUAUGAAGGUAUUUGAAGAGCUCCUGUUGGAUGCCGACUGGUCAGUAAAUGCCGGUAUGUGGAUGUGGCUCUCUUGUUCCAGUUUCUUCCAACAGUUUUUCCACUGUUAUUGUCCUGUCAAAUUUGGCAGAAAAGCUGAUCCCAAUGGUGAUUAUAUUAGGAGAUAUCUGCCCGUGCUAAAGAACAUGCCAAUUGAGUAUAUCCAUGAGCCUUGGCUGGCACCUGAAAAUGUACAACGGGCUACGAAAUGCAUCAUCGGCAAAGAUUAUCCUUUGCCGAUGGUCAACCAUGCAGUCGUUAGUCGUAUCAACAUACAAAGAAUGAAACAGGUGUACCAACAGCUUGCUAACUAUAAGCUAGUAGAAGACUCCAAAGGGAAUGAAAACUACAAAGACUGCUACCAACAACGUCGCCGGUCAAACAACAUACUGCAGAAUUCCACAGCCGGGAAUCAGGCAGCCAGUGUCAGUUAGACUGCAAUUUUGGGGCAGUUCUAUUUUCAAUGUGAUAUUCCGACAGGUUGUACAAGGUCACCUCACAAAAAGCUGUUGGUGGUAUUGGCCAUAUUUAUACCAGAUGUUUCAAAUUCGACUAUCAAUAUCGGGAUCUCGCAAAGGGUAAGAGAUGCAAAGUCGCUCAAACGGGGCCAAAGUUGCGUAUUUAGGUAACUAACAAAAUGCCGCUUAGAAAGUUUCGAGAUUCGCAGUACUUCCGAAGAGAGACGGAAAUAACCGAAUAUUUCCAAAAUCGUAUUAUUUUUUUCUGACCUUAUUUGUAGCGGCAUUUCAAAAUAAAUCACACAUUAGCAUUGCCACUUUUUUUCCUCCACCAGAUGGUAUAAUUAGAAUUUCAAUAUGACGGUAUCAACUUUAUUUUUUUAUUGGUAUUUGGCACAGGUAAUUAGAGUUUUCAAUCCUGAUUCCAAAAAUCCUUGAUAGGCCUUGGAAUUAUCAGAUCAUCAUUUGGUUCACCUACUAGAUUUAUCGCCAAAACAUUUUUAUUUUUCCUGACAUUAUUUGAGAUGGAAUUUCCAAAUAAAUUGCUUGUUGUUAUGCACAGGAAGCGUAUAAUAAUUUUGAAGACCACAAAUUGAACAUGGUAAGAGAAUUUGGAGGAGCGAAAAGGAGGGAAAUAAACCGAGGUCUGAACAAAGUACAGAGAAGAGUUAGGCCUUUCCUACAAAAUGGAGGACAACAUUUUGAGCAUCUAUCAUGAUUUACCUAUGCUUAUAUGUGAUUAUUAUUAUUACCAUCAAUAAAAUGUUCAUUUUGUGUUUAGGUUUCAUCUUUCCUUUUUAGGUCCUUUCAAUUUUCUGAAUUUAGGACUGAAAAAUCCAGUUAAAUUUGACCACGCCAUCUUGUAGAGGAGAAAAAGUGUCACUGUUAAUGUGUAAUUUAUCUUGGAAUCCCUACAAAUAAGGUCGGGAAAAAGUUAAAAUGAUUUUGGGAAAAUUCAGUUACCUAUUUCCGUCUCUCUUCGGAAGUACUUUGGAUUUCAAAACUUUCUAAGCGACAUCUUGUCAAUUGUAUAAAUACGCAACUUCCUAAUGGUGAGAAACGACCGGUAUAGUGCCACAUUUUUACAAGGGAUACGUUACUGAAACGUUCCGUGACUGUCCAAUGUCUAAAAAUUCAUCGGAGUGAUAUUUUGCACCUCUGCUCUUGUCAAAAUGAUCAAGAGGGUAUUGAAUCAACAAGCGGCCUUUAAAAAAACUCCCAAGUUAAUCGCAUCUAUGGAAUUUUUGCGUUCAACAAUUUUGUAAUUCAAACUUUUGUCAACAUUUUUCUUUCUAUUUUAGUAGGUGCUUGACUGUUUUUUGAAAGCACAGACCUUGCAAUUACGACCGUUUUCUCCGCAAAUCACCCUUAUUUAACUUGAUAUUUUUACAUGAACGCAUUUUAGCAAUACUUUCUUUUUCAGAUCUAUAAUAAAUUACACUAACAUACAUAAAAAUACAGGUCCGAAUUCACUGCGUUCGCAAUAAAACAAAAGCUGAAGUCUCAUUAUAAUAUAUUGUGUAUUGAUACUGAAGAAAUAUUUUCAUUUCUAGCGGGUCUUCAUAAUACUAUUUUUGUCAGCAUGGUCUUGGCUUGGUCUCAGGUAGAACAACGAACGAAAGCUGGGCCAUUAUCCUCUAUUUAUCAUUUGUAAUAGAAAGUGUUGCGAGUAGACGUUAUAUAAAAAUUCUAAAUUGAUUGUUCGAAAAAGGUGAAUAUCGUAGAUACAAAUGCCAAAAUUCUGCUUGUAGAAAACAACCAAGUACUGAAAUAGAAAAGACAAUAUUUAUAUGAG